CCUCCUCCUCUGCUGCCCCCAGCCCCGGCGGGGUCCCGCUCAGGCUGGUCUCAGGGUGGGAGGAGAUUAAAGCUGCUUCCCGAAGCUCGCCCCAGCCCAUGUCACCCUCUGAUUUCCUGGACAAGCUUAUGGGACGAACGUCGGGGUAUGAUGCCCGGAUUCGACCCAACUUCAAAGGUCCGCCUGUCAACGUGACGUGCAACAUCUUCAUCAACAGCUUCGGCUCUGUCACUGAGACCACCAUGGACUACCGGGUGAAUGUCUUCCUGCGGCAGCAGUGGAACGACCCCCGCCUGGCUUACCGUGAGUACCCUGACGACUCCCUUGACCUUGACCCCUCCAUGCUCGACUCCAUCUGGAAGCCAGACUUGUUCUUUGCCAACGAGAAAGGGGCCAAUUUCCAUGAGGUCACCACUGACAACAAGCUGCUGCGCAUCUUCAAGAAUGGCAACGUGCUAUACAGCAUUAGGCUGACGCUGAUCCUGUCCUGCCCCAUGGACCUCAAGAACUUCCCCAUGGACAUCCAGACAUGCACCAUGCAGCUGGAGAGCUUUGGCUACACCAUGAACGACCUCAUCUUCGAGUGGCUGGAGGAGCAGGAGGCCGUGCAGGUGGCAGAGGGCUUGACGCUCCCACAGUUCAUCCUCAAGGAUGAAAAGGACCUGGGAUAUUGCACCAAGUACUACAACACAGGCAAGUUCACCUGCAUCGAGGUGAAGUUCCACCUGGAGAGGCAGAUGGGUUACUACCUGAUCCAGAUGUACAUCCCCAGCCUGCUCAUUGUCAUCCUCUCCUGGGUCUCCUUCUGGAUCAAUAUGGACGCGGCGCCAGCCCGAGUGGGUCUGGGCAUCACCACAGUGCUCACCAUGACCACACAGAGCGCCGGGUCCCGUGCCUCCCUGCCCAAGGUGUCCUACGUGAAGGCCAUUGACAUCUGGAUGGCGGUGUGCCUGCUCUUUGUCUUUGCUGCCCUGUUGGAGUACGCAACCGUCAACUUCAUCUCCCGCCAGCACAAGGAGUUCAUGCGCCUGCGACGGCGCCAGCGACGGCAGAGGAUGGGCCUGAGCAGCGGGACGGCCAGCCUGGAGUCCCUGCGGCAGCUGAGCGGCCGGCACAGCGGCGAGCACACCUACGCAACGCUCUCGCAGCUCUCCAGCUCCCGGGAGGAAGAGCUUGUCCGUGAGAGCCGCUGCUACUUGAGAGGCUAUGGGCUGGGCCACUGCCUGCAGCCGAAGGAUGGGGCUGGGGAGGGCCCCAGCAUCUACAGCCCCCCUCCAGCCGGCAUGCUGCUGCAGGAAGGGGAGAGCCUCCGCAGGUGCUACAGCGACCGGGCCAAACGCAUCGACACCAUCUCCCGAGCCGUCUUCCCCUUCACCUUCCUGAUCUUCAAUAUCUUGUACUGGGUCAUCUACAAAGUGCUGCGCUCGGAGGACAUCCACUCGGUGCCCUGAAGCCUGGAAAAGCAUGACUGCCUCUUGGUCUGACCCUCCCAGGGCGCCCAGCGCCACGAGCUCAGCUAGAACCAUGUUUUAUUUCCCUCUGUCCUCUAGCAGUGGCACAGCUGGGCUGGGCCUCAGAGCCUGGACACGUGGCAGCUCCCAUGUCCCUUUGGAUGCCAGAGCACCAAGGUGGGGGAUCAGCAACCUCAGAUCCCCAUGGUCAGCUGGAGAGAGGGGCCCCUCCUGCCUCCUGCAUGGUGUCACCCCUGGGUACCAGGGAUGCUGUGCUGCUGCUGGGGGAGCCCCAAGUACCCAGGGAUGCUGCACUGCCAGGGCACAGGGAAGCUCCUGGUACCCAGAUAUGCUGCACAGCCCGUGGCCAGGGAAUACCACCUUCCAGCCAAACACCCACUGCCUCUCUGCGCCUUCCAUGUCAGGCUGCUGCUUCUCUGGGCUGCACCACUGAGCUGUGGGCUACGAGCACCCAGGUGAGAGGCUGCUGUCCUCUCUCCUCCUCUGGCCUGGAGAUUGGCUGCAGGAAACAGCAGGCAGCAGCCCUGCCUGCACCCAGACUGUGUGGGGUGCUGCUAUGGCCCCAUAGCCCCCAGCUCAGCAACAGACAGGGUCCUGCAGCCCCCAGCCAGCUCCAACGCACAGCAGAGCAGUGGGUCAGGGGCACUUCCCUCCCUGCAAGAGCCCAGAGCUGUCAUGCAUGCAGCUGCAGGCAGGACUGUGGCAGGGACGCUGGGCAGGAGGCUCCCUUUCCUCCAAGGAAAAGCCAGCUCUGGGGCAGGCAGCAGGCAAGGCUGGUCCCACUGACAGUGAAGGGGCACAGACAGUGGCAGGCAGGAGCUGCUUGGCAUCGGGGAGCUGGCAGUGCACUACCUGCAGGUAGGGGCCAUCUUCUGAGGGAGAUUUUUCGGGAUGAAAAUAGUGGGGGCAGCUUGGCUGAUCCCUUUGGAGGAGCAGAGUGGUGGCAUUCCCACUCUGCUGCAUUCCCAUGGCCCCACAGUGCCAGCAGAGAGCUGGAGGUGAAAACUGCCCCGUUCCCCAGCUUGCCCCCCACUCUGUCACCCACAUGUGGUACUCCUCCAUGGGAAAGGAGAGCUUCUGAAACCUCAACAGGACGAGCUCAGCAAGGCUUCCAGCCCCCCAGACCUGGAUAUCCUCCACACUUAGCAGGAAAUAAAAGCAGUAAGUGAUAUUUGUGUAGGUGCUACAGAGAGAAAUGUGUUGAUGCUCCCCUUUCCCCCUGCUCACAGCCAGCCCAGGGGAGCUCAGCCUGGUGUGGUCUGUCCUCCCACAGCCCCAGGCACAGGAAAGGGCCCAGGCUCUUCCAGGCAGGGCAGGAUGGAAACAGGAUUUUCCCCUUUCCUCAGAGGCUGUGGUGCCACCAUGACAUGGCAAGGGCCCCAGUGCCCCACUGGUGAUGGCAAAAGGGACCCUGCAGGGCAGGAGGCUAGUGCUGCCUGCUGAAGCCAGACCCAGGCAGAACCCCCCCACCACAGCCCCUGGCUCAGCUCCUCAGGCAGGCAUGACUGUCUCCCUUGCACGACUCACCAGGAACAAAGCCCUGCACCCCCGUCCCCUGCCCAGCCCCCCAAACCCCACAGAGCACUCAGCUGCACGCACCCAUUUCACAGAUCAGGCAAGUGAAGGAGAACCAGCCCAGGCCACACCCAGGACCCACCGCUGUGCAUGCCUGCCCCACUGCAGGGGUCCCUGUGGGGCUCCAACGUCUGUCCAGGCCAGACUUUCAAGACUUGUUUUUGGGGAGGCCCCCUUUGGAGGCAGAGGAAGGGGUGCACCUCAUCUCGCCUGGCACCUGGCCCCCAAGGCAGCGCUGAAUGGGGAGGUGCCAGCACCUGCAGGCACCUGCUGGGCAGUCAAGCCACCCUCUAGCAGUGGUGGGUUUUUAAACAGCAGCAAUCUUCCUACGCAAAUAAAGCCUUUCUGGGAUUUUCA